GGGCCAUCGCCAAACUCUUCCCACAAAGUUGGGAGCAUGAAAUUGUCCAAAAUGUCUUGGUAUACUGACGCCUUAGGAGUUCCCUUCACUGGAACAAAGUGUAUAGCUAUUGACUCUGCAGACAGUUGGUUACUUCUGCAUACUGAGCGCUUCAGCUUGGUGGCUGUUGUUCCCAGUCGCUUCCACUUUGUUAUAAUCCCACUAACAGUUGAGCGUGGCAUAUUUAGUAGCCAGGAAAUGUCACGGAUGGACUUAUUGCACAGGUGGCCACCUAUCACGGGACCACGCUUGGAGUCACUGAGCUCCUGAGAGUGACCCAU